GCCCGCCUUCCUCACCAUAAUCUGAUUAGCAGCAACAUAUGCAUCUGUCUCUCUUGUAGCCAUUAAAAUCUCUGGGGAUCUGCAACUGCAUUUAUGUUAUGGAGGACAGCAGGAACUAACAGCAGAAAAGGACACAAGACCCACAGUUGAAGUGUUUGGAUUGUUGCACAUUGCGAGCCCUUAGCUGUGUCAUGACCAUCAGCUUUAGCCACCAUGCCUGUGUUUUACUCUUCUGUACCAGACAACCUGCAGAUGGGCCUUGCCUGCGUGGGAGGCUCCGUGUUCACAAACAACAGGACAGCAGACAGUGACUUCACAAGGGAGCAGGAGGAUGCAUCUGUGGUCAACGAACUGGUUUCUCAUCUUCCUCUUCAAAUGCUCUUGUACUUCAAUUUGUUUUACUUUCCAUGUUGGUGGUUUUCUGCUGUUUUCAUGUUGGAAGUGAAAUUCAGCUACCUCCCUGGAUAUUACCAGGGGCUGCUCAUAACCGGGUUGGUUCUUGUUACAGUGAUUGAAGUCAUCAGGCUCUACCUGGGAUACAUUGGCAACCUUAAAGAAAAGGUCCCAGCACUGGCAGCCUUCUGGCUCCUGUCUUUGACGUUCCAAACACCAAUACUGCUGUUCUUCAUCACUGAUGAAGGCGUUAUCAUUCUGCCUCUGGAGAGAGCUGUCCACUCUAUCUACCUCUUUUUUCUACUUGCUCAAAUCCUGGCUUCCUUCUUGGCGCUUCGUACCAUGACCCGAAAGCUCACCCUUCUCUUCCACCUGCGGCAAUUUGGGAAAGUGGAGAGCUUGAGGCAUGCAGAGAUGAGCCCGAUUUACGGACUUCCUUACAACCGCAGUGGGCUCCCAAUAUCACCCACCCAUGAGAUCUACCAUUAAAGACAUAAAACAUAUUUUCUCAGUUAAUCUCAAAAGACUUUAUUAAAAGAAAACUGGGUUUAAAAAUAAAAGUUUCAAUCCUCAUUUAAAAUGGAAGUCACCCCAUGAAAUCAGCAUGAUCAUUUUAGUUUUAACAUACUUAGCAAGCGUUUGAUUUGCCUGAUUUUAAGGGUUUUAUCCAACAGAUCAUUAUUGUGUGGGAUGUAAAGGUGUGCUUAAAUACAGUUUCCAAGUUGAGUACACCACUGUAUAAUUUUAUGCCUUUUUAAUGGGACAACACUAAAGAUAUGACCCUUUGUGUGCAGCUUGUGUAACAGUGUACAUUUGCUGUCAACAGAAAAUAAAUCAGCACACACCUGAGACCUACUAAAUUGCUGAUGAGCUGCAUGACUCUAGGGAGAGAAACUGGUUAAUUGGGCACAUUUUGUUUAGAUAUUAAUCCCCCUGUAUUCAGCUAUCUUGGGGGGGACAUAUAUGUAAUUGUAUAUUAAUUUACAAACAGUACACUGACUAUUUUCUAUAGAAUCAAAUAGUUAUGACUUCAGUGUUGUCAUGAGAAAAGAUUUUGUUAGGAUGGAGAAUUGCCAAAACAUUUAUUUUUUAUUUUUGUGUCUAUUAUU